UUUCACCCUCCAGCGACCCGCUAGUCGUUCAAGGACCUCCUCAGCUUCAAGGAACGCCUCAAGCAAAACGCCCAGCGUACUCGCUCGUCCACUACGGCAACGUCGCCCUCCUCCUCGUCGCCGUCACCACCCUCGUCCUCUUCUUUGCGACGGGCAUGUACAGCGAAAAGAUCGCCUACGCCCACAAGUUCGUCCCGCAGGCCAACCGUGCCCUGCGACCGUUCAACAUCUACUUGAACACGCGCCACCGCUCGCGCCUGUCGCUCGCGCGCCUGUUUGGCUCGUCGGCGCCAUCCUCGAGCGGCACGGCCCUGUCGCGCACCUCGAGCGGCGCGUCGUCCACCUCGUCGAUCCGCUCCUUGUCGCCGUCGUCGUCAACGUCGUCGGGCGCGUUGCGCUCGCCGCCCGUCUCGCCACCCCUGUCUCCCUCGGCUUCGCCGCCCAACUCGCCCUCUCGACGCCCCUCGCCGGCCCUCCCGUCCCUCCCCGACCCCUCCGACCCCGUCACGCAGGCCCCUCCCCCUCCCGCUCGCCCCUCGCCCUCACCCUCCUCGACAGCGACCGGGAUCCCGCUCCCGCCGAUCCCGCCCGCGCAAAACCCGCGCGGCGAGCUCAUCUUUUCGUCGCGCGUGAGCGGCGCCUUUCGCGAGGGCUACGAGCGGUACCGCGCCGAGUGGGAGCGCCGACGCGCCGAGGCCAAGCGCGUGCAGCGCGAGCGCGAGGCGAGCCGACAGUCGUGGCGCAGCGUCGUCAGGAGGGCGUGCGGCGUGAGGGACCCGGUGCAGGUGGUUGAGGGGGCCAAGAGGGAAUGGGCGACGAGGAUGGGCGAGGCGGCGGGGGACAAGGGCGAGGGGAGGAGGGCGCUGUACGGCGCGAGGACGGCGCCGCUGCCGUCGCUGGGACAGCUCGGGCACGACGAGGCGGCGCGAGCGCCGCGCUCGCGCGAGUCGAGCGCGCGCAGCGUCGCGUCGUCGGCGUCGGCGUCGUCGACGAUGAGCGACGCUGCCGCCGACGGGGCGCACGGCGCAGAGGGCGCGCGCUCGCUGUCGAGCACGAGCACGAGCACGAGCUCGCGCGAGCCCGACCGGUCCACCUCGCCCUCAUCCUCGUCCUCCUCUCGCCCAGCCUCGACACGCCGCUCGACGCCCUCGUCCUCACGCUCCUCCUCUCCCCAACGUCUCUCCCUCUGCCUCUCGCCUCUCUCCCCGCCGCACCCGCACCCGGACCCUCGCUCGUCAACCGCCGCCGCCGCCGCGCGCAGCGACGAGCACUCGCCCGCGCGCAUCCGCGCCGAGAGCUUCUCCGACCUCCUCACGUUUGACGCGCGGAGCGAGAGCGGCGCGUUGAGGCCGCCUGGGCUCGAGCGCAGCAACUCGAUGAGGGGCGGUGGGUGA